CACCUGGUGUCUUCUUCUCUCCAGGCGGGUUUACAUAUCGUAUCUGGACAGUAUUCACUUCUUCAAGCCCCGGGCGUUGAGGACGGCAGUCUACCAUGAGAUCUUAAUAGGGUACCUGGAGUAUGUGAAGAAACUGGGCUAUGUGUAUGGUCAUAUCUGGGCGUGCCCCCCCAGUGAAGGGGACGACUACAUCUUCCACUGCCACCCGCAGGACCAGAAGAUCCCCAAGCCCAAGAGGCUGCAGGAGUGGUACAGGAAGAUGCUGGAGAAGGCCUUCGCAGAGAGGAUCCUCCAUGACUUCAAGGACAUCUUCAAGCAGGCCACGGAGGACCGCAUUACCAGUGCCAACGAGAUGCCCUACUUCGAAGGGGACUUCUGGCCCAACGUGCUGGAGGAGAGCAUCAAGGAGCUGGAGCAGGAGGAGGAGGAGAGGAAGAAGGAAGAGAACGUGGCCUCCUGUGAGACCCCCGAGCACACUGUUAACAGCUCUUUGCCCCCCCCUCCUCUCUCAUAUCAGCACACUGUUAACAGCUCUUUGUCUCCUCCCCCUCUCUCUCUCAUAUCAGCACACUGUUAACAGCUCUUUGUCUCCUCCCCCUCUCUCUCUCAUA